AUGUGCAACGUCGCCGAGCACCCGUCGUACCCCGAGAUCGGCCGCCGCAACGACGACAACAACAACAAUGACAACAACAACAACAACAAUGACAAUGACAACAACAACAACAACAAUGACAAUGACAACAACAACGACGAUAUGAACCCGACGGCACCGCCCAACGACCAGUGCAACGGCUGCGAUGGCUGCUACUACCCCUACCACGGUGUGUGCCAGCAAGGUUACGACGCCGGCAACUGCCAAAUGCUUGCGCCGUACUACGGCACGGUCUGGUGCGGCAACUAAGUCGUGGAUCAAGGUCCCAGCGUCUCGAAGAGUUUUGCUUCCAUGAGGUUGUAACGCCACAACGUAAUGCAUGCGUG